AGGUUAUGUAUGACGUCAUUCCAAUGAGACGAAAAAGGAGGAGUGAAACAACUGUCUACAAAGUUUGCUUUUCUCUUCAACCUCCGGUUUCUUUGUUCGGGUGCCGCAGAACUGUAUUUUUAGAGAUGACUUUGCAAUGGACUGCAGUUGCCCUCUUCCUCUAUGUGGAAAUAGGUGUACUCCUUAUCCUCUGUCUACCCUUCAUCUCAGCCACCAGUUUGCAGACUACACGACGGGGGUAGCCUGAUCACCAACAGUAAUGAGACCGCCUAUAGGGAUGAGGUCAGAGACUGCCAGGACAACGACCUCUCCCUCAAGAUGGCAGUGUAUCUUCCAGCUGAGAAUAUGGAACAAAAUGGCCAGGUUUUGGAAUAAAUUCUUCCUCGCCAUGAUCAUAAUCCUUAUAGUCCUCUUCCUUGAUGCUUUGCGUGAGGUGAGGAAGUAUUCGGGCGUGGGAAACGGCAAGGAUGCUAAUCUGCAUCCCAACAUGUUUGACCACCUCCACAUGAAGCUGUUCAGAGCCCAGAGGAACCUCUACAUCUCUGGCUUUACCCUCUUCCUCUGGCUAGUUCUGAGGCGGGUGAUCACUCUGAUCAACCAGCUGGCAACGGAGUCUGGCACCACGGCCUCUCUGCAGAUCAAGGCAGAGUGUGUCAACCAAACUGCCAAGAAAUACAUGGAGGUCAAUGAGCUAUUGAAGCAGACUCUGAUGUAUGGGAAGGGGGACAAGGACACAGCGGAGGGAAACGAGCUGCUGAGGUCAGAGAUGGAGAAACUGAGAGGAGAACUGAACGGCUCAGAGGAAGCCUUGGAAAAGUCCCAAUCCGAGGUGGAAGCUAUUAAGAAACAAUCCGAUGGACUGACCAAAGAAUACGACCGACUGCUGAAAGAACACCAGUAUCUUCAAGAGAGUGGAGAUAAAAAGGAUGAUUGAUCGGGCUUAUGACUACAGAGGUCAGAAUGUUUACAGAUCGUACCAAGAAACCAGAAAUACUGUCAGGCACGCUGUCACUUUCCUUUGACAUACUGAAGCACUGUGCAUGAUGUCACCAAAAUACUCCUCAGGCCUGAGCCGCCAAACCUCAGAUAAACCUGAGCACGUUUGUAAUAGAAUAGCUACUAGACCAGCCUAGAAAUAGUGUUUCUAUAACUUGCUGACUUUUGAGAACGGAUGGCAGUACAAGCUUCAGAUUACAGCGGUCGUCUACUGUGAAUAUAUUUUUGAUGUAAUGGGCUUGCUAUGUAGUUGUUUUUCCCUGUAUAUCACAAGAGCACCACCAUAGCAUUCAUCCUUCUUUUCUUUUCUUUUUUUACCUUAGCAGCAAUGCAUAUAACAAAUUGAGUUGUAUAUGUUUUGUAAAACAUAAUUAGCAUUGAGUUAUUAGGGGUAGAGAAGCUAUAUUGAGUCAUUUUUGUUGUUGUUGAAUAUUUCAUAUCAAUGUUCUUCAUUCCUCUUAGAUGUGGAGAGUUUGUCAAUAUUACACAGGGUCACGGUCAUGAUUUUCUGUUUUGUAAUGAGGAUAGUGAGAUGGAGAAGUCUGGGUAAAUUCCUCUUUCCUCUUCUCACCCUGACUCCCUGUAUUGACUGUCGUAGCCCAGGGUUUGGGUUGGGUAGACUGGGUCAGCACUUGGAGUGGGAUUGAUAAGCGACCAACAAAUCUUCCUCUAGCCUCCAUCCCCUAAGUACUUAUCUCUUAUAGGGCCCCCAGUACUGUACUGUACUGUACAUCCCCCAGUACUGUACAUUACAUUCCAAAACUAGCGGACAGUAGGAUCGCUGACAGAAUAAGUGCCUUUCAGAUGAUUGUAGAUAUAUUUUCAAGUACAAAAAUUUGGUUGGAGUAAGAAAGUGUGUUCAAUAUUUCAGUAUGGCUCAUUAUUAAAGUUGUUUUUGUGGCUAAAUCUGUUAUUUUUUACUUUGGAAAAAUUGUCUCCACAUACCAACAUGUUAUCCCAUAUUAAAAAUGUUUUAUUAUUGUA